AGCAAGGUGAGACUACACAAAGGAGCGAUUGAGCGAGUGAGAGUCAGCUGCAGAGAGCUGUUAGAGUGAGGGAGUGUUAGGCAAACUUAAAGCUAGCCAGAGAAAAAUUGAAGAGGAUCUCUGCUGACCUGAUAACUGGAUUUGAAAAAGGGAAAGAAACUCAUUGGAUACCUAGGAAAAAGAAAGACAUAGGGUACAUAAAGGAAAGGGUAAAAAAUAGGGGAAGGGCCUGAAAAUAAACAUUCAAAGGGAACCCAGAGGAAAGGAAGAGGAGGGAACUGAUACCCUGAACUACAAUGGAGGUCUACACUGUAAAAGUAGCAACUGGUACAUCAGAGUAUUCAGGCACCAACAACUACAUCUAUGUGACCCUGGUGGGGGAGAAAGGAGAGAGUGAACGCACCCUGCUGGACAACCCGGGACUGGACUUCUGCCGGGGAGCGGUGGGUGAGUACAAGGUGAACAGCCCUUCACAUUUAGGCCCCCUGCUGCUGGUCAGACUGGAAAAACAGAGGUACUGGUUGGAGGAUAACUGGUUCUGUCGCUACGUCAAAGUGCAGCUUCCAGGAGACACAGAGCUCACGUUCCCCUGUUACCGCUGGUUUAUCGGAGACACCAAGGUGGAGAUAAGGGAGGCAACAGCGAAGACCCCAAGGCAAGAUUCCUUACCCCAGCUGCUGGCACACAGGAAGAAAGAGCUGCAGGAGAGACAGGCAACCUUCAGAUGGGUCACAUGGGCUCCGGGGAUUCCCAGAUGUAUCGACGCCAAAACAGAAGCUGAGUUACCCCAGGAUGAACGCUUCGACAAUGAGAAGAGGAGCGACUUUGAGCAUUCACUCCACUACGCCUUGCUCGAGUUGUCUCUGAAGAAACUGGCCAUCAGGUUUGGGAAGUCUUGGAAUGACCUGGAGGAUUUCAAACGAAUUUUCUGGAAACUGCGAAGCCCCAUAGCCGAGUUCUGUAUGGAGCACUGGAAGGAGGAUUGGUUCUUUGGCUACCAGUGUAUGAACGGCUCUAACCCAAGGAUGAUCCGCAUGAUCCGCAAGCUGCCAGAGAACUUUCCAGUUGUUCCCAACAUGGUGCAGAGCUCCAUGGCUUCCAGAACCAACCUGGACAAAGAACUUAAGGUGCUUCCUUCAGAGUCAUGUUUGUCUCUAAAUGGUUCCUCCCAGGCAGGGAACAUAUACCUGUUAGACUACGCCAUCAUGGACGGGGUUCCCACCAACACGAUCAGAGGGAAACCUCAGUUCAUCGCUGCUCCACUCUGUCUGCUCUACCUGCACCCCGAUGACGGACUCAUGCCUAUUGCUAUACAGCUGGAGCAGAAUCCGGACCGCGACACACCCAUAUUCCUGCCCAGUGACCCCCCCAUGGCCUGGCUGUUGGCUAAGAUGUGGGUGCGUCACUCUGAGUUCCAGGUGUUCCAGGUGCUGUCCCACCUGCUCAGGACUCACCUGGUGGUAGAGGUGUUCUGUGUGUCCACUCUGAGGCAGCUGCCUGCCGUGCACCCCAUAUAUAAGCUCCUGUACCCUCAUCUACGCUACACUCUGGAGAUCAACUGCAGGGGGCGCACUCAGCUCAUCUCGGCUAAUGGCAUCUUCAAAAGGGUUGUGUCUACAGGGGGGGACGGCCUGUUGAUCCUGGCUCAGAAGGAGUACAAGGUGCUCACCUACCGCUCCCUGCAGCCCCACCACGACUUCGCUGACAGGGGGGUGUCCCAGCUGCCUAAAUACUUCUACAGAGAAUACAGUCUGAUGCUGUGGGAGGCCAUACACAGUUUUGUCUCCGGCAUCGUGGGCCUUUAUUACCAGUCAGAUGAGGACGUGCAGGAGGACCUGGAGCUCCAAGCCUGGUUCAGAGACAUCACACAGGAAGGCUUCGCAGGGCUCCCCAACUUUGGUCUGCCCAGUACGCUGACCCUCGAGGAGCUGUGCACCCUGCUGUCAGUGGUCAUAUUCAUCGCUACAGCCCAGCACGCUGCCACAAACAAUGGACAGUUUGACUGGUGUGCCUGGGUCCCGAACACCCCCUGCACCAUGAGACACCCCCCACCAGCAGACAAGGAUGCUGUCACCAUGGAGAUGAUCAUGGCUACCCUUCCUGAUAUCAGCCAGUCCUGUAUGCAGAUGGCCAUCACAUGGCAUCUGGGGCGAGCACAGCCAGAUGCAAUUCCUUUGGGUCAAUACGCUGAGGAGUAUUUCCUUGAGGGGCAGGCCCUGGAGGUGAUUGACAGGUUCAGAGCAGCGCUGAAGGAGAUCGAGGAGCAGAUCGUGCGUCAGAAUGAAGGCCUGGAGCUUCAGUACCUCUUCCUCCUGCCCAGCCGCGUGGAGAACAGCAUCACCAUUUAGAGAACACACUGCGUUAUAUUCAAUGUUGUUAUAAAAAGAAACUCAAGUAUGGAGAAAUAUUUUUGUAUGUGUAUAUUAAACCAUUUAUGAUGUUUAGGGGUCAAUAUCACCAUAAGGUGCCUUUGAGACUUAGCCAUUUCAACACAAAAAAAAAGCUGAGAUUUUCCAUUGAACUUCAUAUUCAUUUUUUCAUAUUCAUUCGAGAUGUUAUGCUGUUAGAAAUGCAUGUUGGUCAAGCUCCAACACUUUUAAAUAAAUUAACAAUGUACAUGCAAACUAUGACAGGGUGGACAUUUUUGGCUAAUGUUAGCAUUUAAUGAGCACAUGGUGGACCUUCAGUUAGCAACAUGAUUGAGUUAGCAAGGGGACUGUACUGUUUUACAAAUAUAUUUGGAAUUUCUGAAAGGUUUUUAUAUUAUUUGAUAUUUCACUAUGACAGAGUGGACAUGUAAAGCUUGACAGCAUCCGACCACACACAUAAUAUCAUGAAACGAAAUGUAAGUGUAAAUAUUACUCUGCUACAAGCCACUGUUUCAGCCUCCAUUGAAGAGAGACAACAUGAUGGUAGUGACGUCACUGAAGACAUCAGUGGGAUACCUAUAGGGCCAGUUACCCCAUAAUGACAGGGUGGACGGCAAUUUCAGGGACACAUGCAAAAUGUUGAAUAUGAUUAUGAAAAUAGAAUAUACAUGAUCAAAAUGACUUGUUUUUAUCAAAUAACUUGUUGUGGACAAUACAACUAUACAAUUUCUUAUUUUUAUUUAGUCUCAUUUAACCACUUAUUACACAUUGUAGUAAGCAGAGCAGUGUGUGGGACAUGCCAAAGUCACGUACAUCCAAUGAAAGAAACUGUAUAAAAUGAAGGAAACACAUUUUCAAGAGCCUUAUCAUUGUACUGAUAUGUGUGUAAAUGUUUGGCCAUUUAUAAUAAGACCUCAGAGUUUCAUUAUUCUGCUACAUUUUCAUGACGACUGAGUGAUUCUGAUGAGGACACCAAAGGCACUUUAUAGUGAUAUUGACAUUUGGUAUGGAAUAUGCAGAGUGUUGUACAGUGGUGGAAGAAGUACUCAGAUCAUUCAAUCAUUACUUAACUAAAAGCAGAAAAGUAUUGCCAUUAAAAUAUACUUAAAGUAACGAACGUAAAAGUACUUGAUAUGCGUAAUGGGCCAUUUCAGAAUGAAAUAUAUUAUUUCACUUCAUUAGCAGUGUCAAGCAUUCAUUUAUCCAUCACAAUUCGAUACGUUUGAGCUAAUUUGAUCUACUUGUUUGUGGAUUUGGAUAUCUUAGCUUGAAAUGAACUGCUAACGUUAAUUUGUAUUUUAUUAGAUGAUUUAUCACUGGUUUUAUCUCAUAAUCUGAAUCUUUAGAGUAACUAAAGCUGCCAAAGUAGCAUAACAUUUGAAGACUCAGGUAGAAGUACCUCACAUUUGUACAGUACUUGUAGUACUUCAUUAAACUACACCACUGGUGUUGUACAAAGUUUACAAUGUUUUAAUUUGGAAUAUCAGUAAAUGUAUUUUGUCAUAAACUAAUAUUUUUUAAAUAUAUUAUAUACUAUUAUAGCUACAUCUUAAAAGAUAUAUUUACAGAUGUUGAUGUGUAAAAAUAUGGAUAGUCAACUAACUGUGGAUAUGAUGUACUGUUGAAAUGUAAGGACAUAUAAAAGUAUAAAUAAAGGACAUUUUACGUU